GACGGCGUAAAGUAAGUGGCUUGGAUUUGAGUAGAACGUUCGGGCGGUAGUAACAAUUUCUUCCAUCUUGGUUUUUUUUGACUCGUGUGAAAAGCCGGUUCGAAAUCUACAUAUUUUAGUGCUUUAAGUUGAAACCGUAGUCAAUAUAGCUAUGCGCUUAUCUAGCAUAGGCUCCUGUAAAGCAUACAAAUCAUAAUAGGUAGGCAGUUUUUAAGUGUAGGCUAGGAUUAUGAAAGUAUAAAAUGUGGGAAAUGGCGUGUUCCUUUGCCUGCUUACACAAGGUUGCUGACUACGAGAUUCGCAGUUUUGAGGAAUCAGUCAUGUAGUUAUGCUGAUUAUAUAUUCUAAAUUAGCAAAACAGUGUUUCAACCAAGUUGGUGGAUUAAGAAUCUAUGUUAGACAUUUCCUGACUAAUAAUUUAAAUAACAAAAACAUUACUAUGGCUGUACCAAGUCGAGCAAGAGUUUAUGCGGAUGUUAAUUCUCACAAACCUCGUGAAUACUGGGAUUAUGAAAGUUUUGUUGUUGACUGGGGACAACAGGAUGACUAUCAACUUGUCCGCAAGUUAGGAAGAGGAAAAUAUAGUGAGGUCUUUGAGGCUAUUAAUGUUAUUAAUAAUGAAAAAUGUGUAGUAAAAAUUUUAAAGCCUGUAAAAAAGAAAAAAAUUAAAAGGGAAAUAAAAAUUUUGGAAAAUCUUAGGGGUGGAACAAAUAUAAUUUCAUUAGAAGCUGUUGUUAAGGAUCCUGUGUCUAGAACCCCAGCACUCAUAUUUGAGCAUGUAAAUAAUAUUGAUUUCAAGCAGUUAUACCAGACUUUGACAGAUUUUGACAUUAGGUUUUAUUUAUAUGAGCUUUUAAAAGCUCUUGAUUAUUGUCACAGUAUGGGUAUUAUGCAUAGAGAUGUAAAGCCUCACAAUGUUAUGAUUGAUCAUGAAAAUAGAAAACUGAGAUUAAUUGAUUGGGGAUUAGCUGAAUUUUACCAUCCUGGUCAAGAAUACAAUGUGAGAGUUGCAUCCAGGUACUUUAAAGGUCCAGAACUGUUAGUAGAUUACCAAAUGUAUGACUAUUCUCUGGAUAUGUGGUCUUUAGGUUGUAUGCUAGCAUCUAUGAUAUUUAGAAAGGAGCCAUUUUUUCAUGGCCAUGACAACUAUGAUCAGUUAGUACGCAUAGCCAAAGUAUUAGGAACUGAGGAGCUUUUUGAAUAUCUUGAUAAGUACCACAUAGAGUUAGACCCAAGAUUUAAUGAUAUUUUAGGCAGACAUUCAAGGAAACGAUGGGAACGCUUUGUUCAUAGUGAAAAUCAGCAUUUGGUAUCCACUGAGGCCUUAGAUUUUCUGGAUAAAUUGUUGCGGUAUGAUCAUCAUGAGAGGUUGACUGCCAGGGAUGCAAUGGAGCAUGCUUAUUUCUAUCCUGUUGUUAAGGAGCAAUGCAGAAUGUUGUCAACAGUGUCUUCUUCGCCAACCCCAAUGUCUGGGGCACUGUCUGUUGUGGGAGAGUGAGGGUUUUUUCAAUUCACCAGCAUUUUCUAGUUUACAUUAUACCAUUACAGAAGAAUAAACUAGUUAACGAUUCUGUCCUUUUUUAGAAAUGACAUUUUUACCAUUUCAUUUGAAAGAUCUUUUUUAAUAAGAUUGUUAGUAUUCCAGAUUACAAUUUUUGGAUUCUCUUUUUUUUCUUUAGCUAAAAAUGCCAUGUUAAUAGAACUUGUUACCGAAAUAUUUAUACAAUGUUAUGGGUCUUAUACAUAUUAGGUUCUAUAAUAAAUAAGUUUUUUUAAUAGUAAGUGGAUACAAAUUUACAAAAGAUUUUUUAGUUCAGAUUUUUAUUUGUAAGUGGACAAUUUAGAGGCAGGUAUUAUAAAUAACUACCUCUCUUUAACACUUCUUUUCUAUAAAUUAUAUCACUGCCAUGGAUUAAUGAAGGACAAAAUUAGCUGAAUUUCAAGUAUCUUAUUUUAUUAUAUUAAGUUGUGUGAUAAAAAGAUCCUAUAAUGUUGUUUAUAUACUACUUAACUACUAAAUUGUUAGGCCUUUAAUUAAUGAUUAUAUUACACUAUGCCCAAAAGCCAAAUCAACUGUACAUGAUUUUACUUUUAGUUAUAGUUGUUGAUGUUGUUAAGUCAGUUAGCAUUGUAAAAUUAUUUAACUUUAACUAAAAGAAUUUGCAAUUAGUUUUAACUUUUAUUGCCAAAAAGGAUAUUGUCGAGCAUUUUUAUAUAUAUAUAUAUUGUACAUCUUUAUUUUAAGGAGUUACUUGAAAUCUUAGCACGUAAGUCUUAAGAGGAAAGACAUACUCGCGUUGGAAACGGCAAUUUUACAGUUGCUAACUCUUUUGCACCUUUUUAAAUUUUAAUAUUUGCGUUUAUAUAUUUUUAUUUUUUUUCAAAUGAUUUGUUGAAGAACAAUAUGAAAAAUCGUACAUCUUAUCAACCUAAAUUAGUUAUGCUUUUUUUAAUCGUCUUGUUGUUAUAAACAUUGACUUUAUACACUAUAGCUAAUUGUAAAAUAAAUAAGAUAAAGAAGAUAUAACAAAACAUAUUUUCUAAGUAAUUUUAAAACACCACUUAGUGUACCACAGAAAAUUGUAAAUUUAUAAAUUGUAUUGAUAAGUAAUUAAUUAGGCCACUCGAAACUCACCAGGGAAUUUUCAAGUCAGUUAAUUAGGCAAUAUAUUGUAUUAUUUAUUUCUACACAUUGUAUUUUUUAAAUAAAAGUGACAUAUUUAUUUCUUAAUUUCCUUGUUUAAGUGCCUAUUUACUUGACUUGACGCUAUAGUUAAUUGUUUGGUAAUUUUCUCGUAUUAUUGUGAAAGAAUAUUUAUUUUAUUAUGAAGCGAAUGGAACUUUGUGAGGUUAAUGGACAUAUAUAUAAAUAGUUGGGAGGAAAUACAUAAGUGAAGAUCAAAUUCUAAAGUAUAACUUAAUGUAAAUGAAAUGGAAGUAGGAUUAUAUAAUUAAAAAUAAAUAUUGUUUUUUGUA